AUGGGUUCAUUACGAAGUUUAUUUAUUCAAACUAGUGACACUCCUAAUGAAAAUGCAGUCAAGUUUCUUCCUUCUAUAGACAUUCUAAGAGGCCCAAAUGAAACUAGAGAGUAUCUUAAUGGUAGAGAGGCCGCUAAGACAUCACCAUUGGCUGUCAAGUUAUUUGCUGUUGAUGGAGUUAAAUCUGUGAUGUUUGGUGGAAAUUUCAUCACCAUUGAGAAAAGACCCAAUAGCAAAGAUUGGCCAUUAUUAAAGCCGGAAAUAUUUCUGAUCCUUACGGAAUACUUAACCAACGGAGAGCCAGUGGUAUAUUAUGAAGAAGAUGGUGGAUCACCGGGAAUAUCUAAAGAUGUCGAGAUAAACGAAAACGAUGAUGAAGUAGUGAGCAUGAUUAAGGAAUUGAUCUUUACCCGUAUCAAGCCGGCUAUUCAAGAUGAUGGCGGAGAUAUAGAAUUUGUCAAGUUUGAUGAAGAUACAGGUACUGUUUAUUUGAGAUUAAUGGGAGCAUGUCGUUCCUGUGAUUCAAGUUCUGUCACUUUGAAAAAUGGGAUCGAAAGUAUGAUGAAGCAUUAUAUCGAAGAAGUUGAAACAGUGGAACAAAUAGAAGAUGAGAUAGAAGAAGAUGAGAUAGAAGAAGAUGAGAUAGAAGAAGAUGAGAUAGAAGAAGAUGAACUGGAUGAUCCUCAUGUUUUGUUGAACCCAUUACAAUUGACUCCUACUUCCAGAUUGGAUCCUCCUUCUUUAUAA